CACGGUCUUUCCAAAAUGGCAGCCUCCUGAAAAGACAUGAGGUACUGAAUCUACUUUUGGUACUAGUAGUUUCCUUGAAACGUUCUUCGAAAGACAAACGAAAAUCUUCACACAAGCAAAGAUAAUUCUUUUAAACUAAAUAACAUCAGACACAAGAUGGGAGAAUUCACUGUUCAUCAUGUACGUUUCUUCGAGUACAAGCCAAAGGCAGUCACAUGCAUCUGCUAUGAAAAGUCAACACAGCGAGUUGCAGCAUCCCGGAUUGAUGGUUCCAUUGAAAUCUGGAGUGCAGCAGAUAACUUUUUUCAGGAAAAGGUUAUCCCAGGUAUUGAAGGGCGAUCCAUAGAAGGACUUGUGUGGCUUGGAACAAGACUCUUCAGCGCUUGUCUAGAGGGAAAUGUUGUUGAAUAUGACCUCUUAUCUCUGCUGCCAAAGAGCAGUGCUUUUUCUAGUGCUGGGUCUGUAUGGUGCUUGACCAAAAAUGAAGCUGAAAAUCAGCUGGCCGCUGGGACUGAAGAUGGAUGUGUAGUACUCUUUGAUGCAGGAGAAAAUUCACUGCAAUAUUUAAAGACUUUUGAGAAGCAGGAAGGUCGCAUCCUGUGUAUUGCCUGGCAUGCAGCAGAGGCUAUUGUUGUCACUGGAGGAAUAGACAACAUUCGCAUUUGGAGCUCCCACUCAGGUCGUGCCUUACAACGACUGACACUUGGGCGCCAAGAUGGUGGUAAAGAGACUACGGUCUGGUGUUUAGGACUCACAAGUGAUCUUACAAUCAUCAGUGGUGAUUCCACAGGAAAGACUAUCUUCUGGAAUGGAAACGGUACCAUGAUAAAGAGUAUUCAAAGCCACAAAGCAGAUGUUCUGACAGUAUGCGUGGAUGAACAGAAAGAUGAGACCAACGUAUACAGCAGUGGAGUGGACCCUUCAGUGGUCAGGUUUACUCGCAUAGAACCAGAAUCUCACAAUGUCUUGCAAUCCUGGGUUCGAAGUUCUGUAUUUUCUUACCACACACAUGAUGUGCAUGCGUGUGCUGUUGCAGGGGAUAAGAUUGUGUCUGGAGGUGCAGACACAGUUCUAAUAUGCUGUGAGACAGCUAGCAAGAAAGCCAGAAAGAUCUUAAAGCUGCCAGCCAUUCCAAUGCAUUCAAUGGUGAGUGUAGCAAAAAAAGCAAAGUUGUUGUUGCUGCGCUUUCCAACCUGUCUGGAACUUUGGCGCCUUGGUCAUACCAACAGCAUGUCAAAUGUAAAUGGUGACAUUCUUCAGUUGCACUCCAAGCCACUUAAACUUCUGGAGUUGUCUGCAAGAAAAGGGGAGGUCAUUGUGUGUAGUACGGUUUCCUCAGAUGGGACGAUUAUUGCCUUCAGUGAUCAAGAGAAAAUCAGAGUACACAAACUUACAUUGAAUGAGAUAUCUUCACACACCCCAUCAGUGGAAGUUUCCAGACUUUCAGUGACAUCAAAAUCCAACACCCAGGCACACCGGCUCAUAGUCACUCCUAAUAAGAAACACAUUAUUGCAGCAACCAGUACUGCAUCUGUGCAGGUCUGGCAGAUACAUGAAAGUGCUGUGGAGCUUCUUCAUACUGCAGUGCCUUGCUCUGAGCGCAAACAUCCAUUCACAGUGCUGGCAGUUAGUGAUAACAGCAAGUACGCUGCCACUGCUAACACAGGGGGUGAUGUGCACCUCUAUAAUAUCGACAGUGGUCAAGUAAUUUAUGCAUUGCCCAAUAUCCGUAUUCAAGCAACAACACUCGGCUUCAGCGCAGGCAGUUGUAGUCUUUUCGUCGCAUACUCUGACCACUCAGUAUAUGAGUUUGACAUUUCAAAGCGUGAAUAUACUGCAUGGAGCCGGGACAACAGUCAAAAGUUUCCUAUUCAGUGGCUUAAACAGAGAGGAACGCUACGCUAUGUGGCUUGUCCUGAAGGAGACUCCAGUCACCUCAUUCUGAACAGUGAACAUGAUAUUUUGGUCAUCGAUCGUUCCCAGAAAAUGCCAGAGAAAAACUACCAUCUCUUCAAUCAAAACAAACGAGAUCAAGAAGAGGCUAGACCACUCAUUGCCUGUAGCAAGUACAAGUUUAUUCUCCAUAUGGAGUUGUUGAGCACAAACAGUUUGGUGGUGGUGGAGAGAACUCCUAUGGCCAUUCAGGACUCUCUUCCUCCCACCCUAAGGCAAAAGAAGUUUGGAACUUAACAGAUUGGCAUCUUCAAAAAAAACUGCUUUGUUUCUUGGACAUUUGGAUCUGUGGUUGUUUGGAAUAAAACAUGAGAGUAUGAAGUGUUGGAAAAAUAAAUUUGUUGAAAUAAUGAAAUGUA